AUGCAGGCCUCGAUUUGUAACGUGAUAAAUCCGAACGAUGCGAGCUGCUCUGCGAAGAGCAUGGAUGAGGAGAUUCGCGCCAAGUGGAACACAGUCAUGGCUGCUGUUGACGAAGAGCGGCUGGUUACCAGCAUGGAGCUGGAACUGCAGCUCAGGAAGGAGCACGCGGCACUGGGGAACGCGCUGGUGCUGAGCUCGUUGGAGCCUCUGACAGAGAAUAUCAACUCCGCCGCUGACAUGCUGCUACUCCUCAACGACAACUGGGAUUGGCUGAUGAGCUCUCUGGACCAAUCAGGGACGGACGAGUGGCUGCCAGUGGAGGUGGAGCAUCAGGACGACUUUGCCGCCCUCAUGACCGCCGUCCACGCCGCCCGCACCAGCCGCCUCGUCGCCUCGGGAUCGUCUCUCAUGGAGCAAGCUCAGGGCCUCACUGCCUCGCCUGCUGCCUGGGGGCAAGAGCUUCCCCGGCUGUCACAACUGCAGGUACGACUGGGCGAGGAGGUGGAGCUGUGGAGUGAAUUCACUCAAAGCACACACCCUCUCGUGCCUCCCACCUCACUACCGUCUCUCCAUAUCGCCCUUUCCCUCGCAUGCAGCAAGAGGUGCCCGGCUGUCACGACUGCGCGUACGACUGGCCGAGGAGGUGAUGUUGUGGAUAAAGCACACACCCUUUUCGUGCCUCACACUUCGCUACCUUGUAUCCAAAUCGCUUUCUCCCCUCCCAUGCAGCAAGAGCUGCCCCGGCUGUCACGACUGCGCGUACGGCUGGCCGAGGAGCUGCAGCUGAGAAAGCGCUUGCAGCAGCUGGUGGUGGGGAAGAGGGGCGAGGAGGACGAGGUGGCGGGAAGGAAUGAAUGA